CCCAACGCUCAAACGAACGAUGAGUGACGGGGCCCCCGUUCCCGAGACGCGCGUGUUGGCGGUCGCCAGUCAUGUAGGGCACAUUGAUUGACCACGUCCGCUGUUUCUUUGCUCCCCUGCUAAUCCGGUGUCUAAGGUCGUCUCGGGGUGAGUUUGGGCCUGACGUGACGGUCUGCCUGCCUCCUCUCCGUCUGGCUCUGCGCUGCUGACACAGUUGUUCUGCGGCCCGCAGGUAUGUCGGCAAUAAGAUUGCCGUGUUCAGCAUGCAGUCGCUUGGCUGCGACGUAGCGGCGCUGAACACCGUGCAGUUCAGUAACCAUACCGGGUACAAGCAGUGGACUGGUUCUCGGGUGUCGGCGCAGGAGAUCACGGAGCUGUACCAGGGCCUGAAGCAGUCCUAUCUCGACGACUUCGACAUGAUGCUGUCGGGAUACGUCCCGGGCGCCGCAGCGCUCGAAGCGGUCGGGCAGAUAGGGCAGGAGCUGAAGCGCAAGGCAGAGUCGAAGCCGGGGAGCUUCUUCUGGGUGCUCGACCCGGUCAUGGGGGACAACGGCAGGCUCUACGUCGCGCCCGACGUCGUGCCCGUGUAUAAGAGCCUCGUCCCCCACGCGGACCUGGUCCUGCCCAACCAGUUCGAGGCCGAACUCCUCUCCGAGGUCCAAAUCACAGACGUGCCCUCGAUCGGCCGCGCGAUCCAGGUCAUGCACGAGCGCUACGGCAUCCCGCACAUCGUCAUCACGUCCGUCUCGCUCCCGCACCCGGACCACCCGGUCUCGUCGCUCUCGGUCGUCGGCUCGUCCAUGACCUCCGGCCGCCGCGCGCGCCCCUUCAAGAUCGUCUUCCCCGCCAUCGACUGCUACUUCAGCGGGACCGGCGACAUGUUCGCCGCGCUCAUGGUCGUGCGUAUGCGCGAGGCCGUUCAUAACGGCGGACGAGCGCCAGAGCAAGAGCAAGAGCAAGAGCAAAGGCGAGGGUUGCCGUUGAUGGAGACGGCGUCGUGGUUGAGCGACGAUAGUGUCGAUGCGGUCGACUUGCCGCUCGCGAGGGCGGCCGAGAAGGUGCUUGCCAGCAUGCACGAGGUGCUGACCCAGACCGCGGAGACGAUGGAAAGGACGGUGAAGAAGGCCAUUGCGGAUGCGGCAACGGAUGCCGACGGCGUAGGGACGGCGGCGGAGGAGAAGAAGCUGCACUUGUUGAAGAGCAAGGCGUCGGAGCUGAGGCUGGUCAGGCAUCUCGACAGCCUGAGGUUUCCCAAGGUGGAGUUCCGCGCGACGGCGUUGUGAGGGAGGAUAUAUGAUGAUGAAGCUGGGUGGGCGGCGGCUUUCUUUGGUCUACACUGCAUGUGCAUCUCGCGGGAAGCAUGAUAGAAAGCGAUAGACCGAGAUUCUCUUGGACAAUACC